ACGCAAAUUCUUUGCACACCCAAUAAAUACAAGUACGUUACAUAUAUGCAUUUAGCUCAUCCGCCAAUUUUAUGACAAGUGAUCACAAGAUAUAUUUUUUAUAGGUUAAUAUAAAAAUUUUUCGUUAGCAAAUACUCUUGAAUUAAUUUUUAUUCGAUAAAAAUUAUUCAUCGACAAAUAAUUAGUAGGGGGAGCACAGCACGGGAUUAGAUUUCCAUUCCCAAAAAUAAAUUUCAAAUUGAAAUUUUCUAUUACUAUACUAAAUGUGUUUUCGUUGUCUUAACGAAUAUUACUUAACUACCAGUUACCACUAACAACUGUAUUUUUGUUUACAUAAGCAUAUAUUGAUUCUGAAUAUGUUUCAAUAAAUUAAGUUUUCUAUAAGUAAUUCAAUGGAUAAUUUUUUUAAAGCUAGUGUGUUGCAGAAAUUUAAAAGAGAAUUACUUUAUUGGAAAAAAACUAACCAUUAAUAUGGAUAAAGAUAAUAAUGAAGAAAGACUCAUAGAUUAUUUAAAAUCAGCUAGAACAUCUUUGGAACAUCCUGAUACUUUUGAAAAAAUUCACAUUGUACUAGGAAAUGAAUCUUGUGACUUGGAUUCUAGUAUUUCUGCCACAAUUUUGGCAUUCCUAUUACACAAGACUAGAUUAAAUGGUAUUCCUGAGGAUGCCUUAGUAGUUCCAAUACAGAACGUUUCUAAGGAAAACUUCCUCAUCCGUUCAGAUAACUGCAAUAUCUAUCAGGAAAUUGGUAUACCACUGGGCCUUUUGAUUUACAAGGAUCAAAUUGAUAUAGAAGACUUGGUAUUGUCCAAAGAUGUUACUACUACUCUUGUAGAUCAUCACAUGUUAUCAAAAGAUCUUGAAAUAUUAGAAAGUACCGUUGUGAAUAUUUUUGACCACAGACCACUUGAGUCUGGUACAAAUUGGGACCAAAAUAAAGUUGAGAUUGUAAUGAAUGAAGUCGGCUCUUGUUCAACCCUGAUAACUGAUUUAUUUAUAUCUUCAGCUGAGCAGUUACUGUCUAAAGAAUUGGCCUAUUUGUUGUAUGCAACUAUAGUUGUGGAUUGCAAAGCUUUGGAUCCAAGCAAAGGUAAAGCAAGAGAACUAGAUUGCAAAAUGGCUGAACUUCUGGAAAAAAAAUAUAAUUUUAACGAUACAAGACGGACGUUAUUUAAAAAAAUUAUGAACUUACGAACCAACGUUUCAAAUUUAACUCCUAAGCAAAUACUUUAUAAAGAUACAAAAAUAAUCAAGGGUGUACCAAUGCCUAGUUUACCCAUGCUGGUUGAAAAUUUCCUAAAAUUAAAAGGUGGUUAUGAGGCUUUGAAGGAAUUUGCAGCUGAAUCAGGCACUUCAGUAGUUGUGCUGAAAGGAGCAGAUAGAGGUAGAAAAGACGUCGCGGUGUUUGGUAAUGCAGGUAGUGAGGAAUUGAAAGCAAAUAUUUUGGAAAUAUUUUUUAAUAAUAAAGAAUAUGAUUUUCAAUUUAGUAAGCAGAAAACAAUUUACAGAAAUAUAACGUUACUGAAUCAGGGUAACCUGAAAUUGUCUAGAAAGCAGUUGGUACCUUUAAUCGAAUAUGCAUUAUCUAAUAAUAGUGUUAGGUUAGGCUAGGUUAUAUAUAAUCAAAGUGAAUGUAAGUAGUUAGUAGUGGUAUUAGGUAGUACGCAAUAACAAGCUUCACAUCCUACUGGAGGACAAAGCUAGAAGAAACUGUCGAAUGUAGAUUUGGUCAAAAAAUUGAUAAAAGCGGAAAUAUCCAACCCCUCGUCGCAACAGAGGUUGAUUAAAGCUUUAGAACUGGUAGGUCAGCUGUUGAUGUCAAACAAGUUUGGUAGAUGGAACAAUGGACCUUAAAGUUGUUACCUGUACUUAUGCUUGGACUAGGGUGAAAAAAUAAAAGGGGUGAGGUUGACCAAGCAGUAUAUAUAAUACAUCUUGAAAUUCAUAUUUUGUUAUAAAAUGGUUGGAUUGCUAUAUCACAGAUUCAUUCAACAGAAAAAAACAAUCAACAAUUUUAAAAAUGUUUUAUUAAUCAAUCAUGAAAAUAUAAACAUAUCAAAUUAA